AUGGAAAGACAGCUAAUGAAAGUAAUAAAUUAUAGUUCAUUGUUACGUGAUAUCGCGUACAACAGUACUGAAAAACAGCAGCAAGUGUUGUUUGUAGAAAAGGACGUCUCUUCUGAUGUCUGUCUGGACAAAGCAUCGACAACAGUAAUUGUACUGAGGGAUUUAAUAGCGGUUGCAAGGGAACCACCUGUACUGUCAGCGGAAGCACUGGAUGAUGAUAUGUCGGAUCCACUGAAAACCAUGCGCAUGCUACUGGUUUCUUCUCGACGUGCUUUAGUGAUAUAA